AUGACAGGCGCCAAGGUUCGGCGUGCGUUCAACAUCGCAGCGGCCUAUGGUUGCGAGUUCGUGUGCUUCGAUUAUUCGGGAUUCGGUGCGUCUCGUGGUCGCCAGUUCGAGUCCUGUGGGCUGCAGAACUGGAUCUAUGACGCGGAAGCGCUCCUGACACGCGUGGUUCGCGCUCGGCGGGUUAUCCUUGUAGCCUUAGGAAGCUCUAUCGGCGGUUGGGUGGCGCUGAGGCUGCUGCAGCGGCAGGCAGAGAAUCAGGCCAGUAGUGGAAGCAGCAGUGGCAGCAGUCCCCAUACAACCCCUCUCACCGCCGCCUUUGGUUCCGACCGCUUUGACCUCAACCGCUGCUGCCCCCCCCCCGCAUCACGUGGGCUCAUGAUAACGGUCAGAUCCCACCCGGGCCAGGAUAACGACAACGAACCGUCCGCAGUCGAGCAGCAGUUACUACCACUACAACCACCACAACCACAGAUGUGUCCUGUGGAACCCCCUGAACCGCCACCCUCGUCCUUACCACCGCUACCGCCACCCCCACCACCCCUACGGCCACCCCCACCACCCCCACCAUCGCCACCGCCACCAUCACGUUCUCCUCUUGCUGCCGGGCCAUCAUCACCCACCAUCGCGGGGCUGCUCCUUAUCGCCCCAGCAAUCGACAUUUCCGAACUUCACUGGGCCGCUCUCAAGGAAGACCAACAGCACGGCGUACUGCACGACGGCGCCCAGGUCUCUCUGGGGUCGCCGUACGAAAUGGACGGCGGCGACACCGUCGGUGUGUCGUACUUUAGCCAGGGCAGGCGCAACCUGGUGCUUUGCCCGUCGUGGGUGCGUGACGAGUCACUGAAGCCUGGUGAGUCCUACCUGCCGGGGCCGCUGCAGCGGCGGCAACGACAGCUGGGCUCAUCCCCGCUGACACCGCGUCAUCAGCCUCUUGGAGCUCCUCGGCAGCAGCAGGCGCUGCAAGCAGCUGCAUCCUCAUCCGCAGCAACAGCAACAGCAACCGUUAGGGCAGAAGCCACAGAAGCCGUAUUUCUGCGAUCACCACCACUUGAUUGCUGUCUCCACAGCAGAUUUGGUGAACACGGUGUUGGUGUUGGUGGUAUCAAUGAUGAUGGUGCUAGAGGUCAUGAUGAUGGAGAUCAUGGUGAUAGUGGUGUUGGUGUUGGUGGUAUCAACGGAUUUGCGCCGGCUGAUGUUCCGAUAGUGAUCCUGCACGGCAGCAAUGACGAGGUGGUUCCCAGGGAGCUUGUGGAGGCGCUGCUGGCAGUUCUCAACCGCCACAAUGAACUUGCCGCAGCUGCCACCCUCUCCGCCAGCACUAAUAAUGCCGUCGCCACUACCGCACCUGGUCCUGCUGCGGCCGCCAACGCCAAUACCAGCACCAAUGCCGUCGUAUUGCAGUUGCAGCUGGAUUUGGUGUCUGAUGGUGACCACCGACUGUCCUGUGCAGCGGGGCUCGGGGCGCUGCAGAGGCGCCUGGUAGCUCAGCCGGAUGGCGGUGGUGGUGGCCCGGCCCCAGCCCCGGGUGGCGCUGCAAUCUCACGGUCCCUCUUGUCCGGUCCCCAGUCGUCGUACAUGAUGACGUGGUGCUACAUUGCCAGCCCCUAAAUCCUGUGCUGCAUUAAAAGCCGGUCUUGGUUACGCCAUGGAAAAAGCCAUGAAAAGCCACCACGAUCCCUCUGCCCUCCUACUCAAGGAUAUGUCUUUAUAUGUGUAUGUAUAUAUGUAUGUAUGUAUAGUUAUGACGACCGACUGACACAAGGGGUUCACAAGGACUCCGCCAAGGCCCCCGCCCCGGCACUGCUGGGUUACA